AUGUUUUUAGUGUUAAAUGUAGUAUUGAUUCAAAUUGUGGUAAACAAUUGUGUCAAUUGCGUUACAAUGCAUGACUUUAUGGCGCCCAACACUGUCAGAGCCGGCGAUAAUAUGAUGCUUAACUGUUCGGUCACUUUCACACCCGAAGAGCGCAUGAAUUCAGAGAUAACUAUCAGCAAAGAUGGACAGGAAUUUUAUCGAUACAGCAUUAAAAACAUUAAAGAAGAGCUAAAGUCGAUCCCCGGUAUAGAGAGUAAGCAAAUGGAUCCGAUGAACGUUCCGGGUUGGGUGCGGCUCAAGGAGGCCAACCGACACUUUCAGGGCAAUUACGCCUGUGUUGUCACCACUAAUGUCAACAAUAAUCUCUCGCAACAGUCGGCGAAUAAAUACGUGGCUUUUGACGCAUCGAUGGGUGAAUUCAAGCGCAAGAAUAACGCAUCAAAUAUAAAAUACUGA